AUGAGGAGGACCGAUACCGCCAAUACUGCUACUAGCCGCACCAGUUCCAGCAUGGAAGAGAACAACACACCUUUCUGCAAUAGCAGUCGCACGGCGGUGGAUCUCACUCCCUCGAACGACCGCCACAUCGAGAUUGACCUCGAAGUGACCGUACCACCCGAAGAAGCCGUCCGCCCUUCGAAAGCAGAUAAUGAGAUUGUAAUGUCGUCAUCUGCCUUUCGGCCAUACGACGACAAGGGUCACGACGAUAAUAAUAAUAUUGGUACAAGCAACAGCAACAACAUGAUGUAUACAGCGCUCCCUUCGAAAACCAAACUGGAGGAUUUGGGGACCAGUGCGCAAGACGAUGAGAUGCUUCUCAAGCACAACGUGGAGCAACCGCUGCGAGAAGAUAUCUAUUCCCUCAUGACUACCUCGAGGGUCUGUUCCGGGGGAUUCUGCUUUGCCUUUUCCAUCUUCUCCAUUCAAAUGGGGAUAUUGGCUUUGGCUCUCGCCGACUUGGUGGACAUGUCGGGGAAUCCGAUCACCCGCAACAAUGUGGAAAACAGACUCAACGAGCCGGCGGAUACCGAGCUACAAGUCACGAUUGCGCAAUUCUUUGGUACCAUUCUCAUCAUCAACUUUGCCGUGGCAGAAGGAGAUUUCCUCAAAGGUCUUACCCUCCUGGUUGAUGGAUUUGAUCCCGAUCUCAUGAAAUAUGCGCCACAUGCCAAAAAGGUCAAAUGGUAUUUCGCUGGAUGCUGUCAAACGUUGGUGGGCACAUUCAUGGUCAUGGAUGCCUUUAUUCUCAUGAUUCAAUCCGAAACUGUGAUUGACAUGUGUUUGGAUUUUGCGGCUCUUUCCUUUGUACAAGAUUUUGAUGAUGCUGCGUUUCAGGUGGGUGCCAUGGGAUUGCUCAAUAGGCGGAUUCAGGCAGACUGUAUCAAAAUGGGACACUUGGUUGUCAAAUCCGAAAACAGAGAACGAACCCGUCAUGUACGACAGGCUGUGGUCGUACUCCUGAGCAUUUGCUUGUUCAUCUGCUACUUUGUGGUCACCAGCUGGAAAUGGUCGGGAUAUUUCAUGUGCGAAUCUCUCUAUGUGCAGUUUGGCGACGCUUACGGUCCCGAGUGGCCCUAUUACAGUGGACACUUUCAUUCCGUGGGGAAGAAUCUCCCGGAUCGACGUGCAGGCCGGAUUGUCUACAUUGAACCAACGGGGACAUUACAGGUUGCGUUUUGCGAGGCCAUUCCGGCAUGGACGGUAUCCAAUCGGACGGCGGUCGGUGAGGACUUUUGCGAUUACAUGAUUCGAAGUUCCGAAACCAACACAUUUGAUGUCGUCGAUGUUGCCAGCGAAUCGUGGUUUGCUUCCACUGCUGCUGUGGGAGAUGUUCCCAUGGAUUGGAUGGCCGUGGUUUGUGCUGAUUGCAAUGAAGAUUUGUGUAACCCCAAGGUUGGCCAGUGCGUGAAGAAUCAGUGCAAGUGCAAUGAUGGGUUUCUCGGAUUGAACUGUGAGCUCCAGGUGCCAGAUUGCAAAUUCCUUGGAUUAGACAUGCGUUCCAAAAGUGGGCUUCAAGCCUCUCCAGUUGCCUCGCUGUUUAUGGAAAAUGAGUUCAUCAAGCUCGAAGACGAUGCGGGCUUGGCUGAUCAAUUCUAUUUCCGGCCGAUCUACGCUAGCUUCAACAAGAUGACUGGCAAAGUGGAUACGAUCAUUGUCUUUACGGGCAGGAGAUGGAUCAUCAUGGGAACUCCACAAGAAAAACAGGCGGAUGUGGACUGGAAUGUUCUUGUCGACAACAUGGUGGCCAAUGACGUCAAGAAUCAACCACUGAAAAAUUUGCUGAACACGACAAGAACAUUCUCAACUCUUCGACCCUUCUUCUUCAGUAAUCCAGUAGAUUAUGGAACAGCAACCCAUGCGGUUGACCCUAUCCAAACUCAGUGGGUAUUGGCUGUAAGGGAUGACUCGCUUCCCUUGAUAGGAUAUCGUGGGGAUGAUACUUUUCAAGUGACAGCACAAUUCAUUUGCUCUCACUGCAAUGACACUACUUCUCCUUGUAUGAAUGGUGGAACCUGCAACACAACUUCUACGUAUUGCGAUUGCCCAGUGAGCUAUGGAGGGUUUCGCUGUGAAUACAGUUACUCCUGCCAAGAACACGACUGUCUGAAUGGUGGGACUUGCGACAAAGUCUUUAGUAUCUGCCGCGACUGCGAUGCUCUAUACUAUGGGAACUUGUGUCAAUUCAAACGGGCAGUUGUGGAGGAAGAUGGUACCAUAGACUACAGCGCCCAGGCAGCUCUAUUGGGCGACGACUUCUUUGUUUGUAGAAACGGUACCACCUGCAACAAUGGCGGAUGGUGUACUACCAAUGUCACGGCGUGCUCCUGUCUUCCGGCAUUUUCAGGAGACCGCUGUGAGUUCUUGGUAGACAAUUCGACGCUGCUUCUGGAGCUAGAGGAUGGUUUCAACUGCACCGACACAACAUGCAUCAAUGGAGGCUGGUGUGAAGAAAAUUCCACUUCAUGCGGUUGCCCGGAGCCGUAUCGGGGCACCUUCUGUGAAGAAGUUUUUUUUGGCAACAAUACCGAGGCGGAUGACUUCUUCAUCUGCUUCAACGAAACCUGUUUGAACGGUGGUUUCUGCGGAGAGGUAACGGAUCCAUGCAUCUGUCCAGAUGACUUCAGUGGCGACUUCUACCCGUUGCAGAAGAGGUUGCAAGCGUUGCUGAAGCGAACACAGCAAACACAACAAACAACAGCUAUUGGGAGCUUUAGCGCGAAUUCUCUGAAACAAUACACGCAUGUAAAUUUGCGACCCUAUCCAUGGCGCCUGGACCGUCCACCCAUGAACAGAGAGAGCGAAAAUCGAUCGGAGGAACAGUCGUCGCAUUACGGUAGCGAAGCGGGGCGAGAACGGAACAUUUCGUAUUAUAUCGUGGACAAGCACCUCGACGGGGGGUUGGCCACCGCAAUUAGUUUGGGAAGACGAGUUCCAACCAAACUGCUGAUCACUGCAAUACCUGCGUAG